GUCGAGUGCCGCGAGGUUGCAAGAAAAGUUGCCGCGAGGCCCCGCCCUCGUACAGGAGCCAAUCCUGAGUAGCCGAGGAGACAGAACCCGGAAGCGAGGUUCCCGGCGGCGAUUUUCCGACUCCGAGAUCUUGAUGAAUAAAAUAAAGCAGACAUAAUCAUCUCUGGAGAGAUUAUUUAUAUCCUCAUGUUUGAAAUGAUUUAUAUUUAAAAUAGUAGUAAAAAUGGAAAAAGAGAAAGUAAAUCAUGACAAACCAGACCCAGAGAACUCCUUGGACUUUUCUGAACACUUCAACCAACUUGAACUGUUGGAAACACAUGGACACCUUAUUCCCACUGGUACCCAAAGUCUCUGGGUAGGGAAUUCUGAUGAAGAUGAGGAGCAAGAUGAAGAAACUGAAGAGUGGUAUCAACUGCAAGAAAAAAAAAUGGAAAAAGAUCCAAGCAAAUUGCUUCUUUGGGCUGCUGAAAAAAAUCGGCUGACCACAGUGCGGAGACUGCUUUCAGAAAGGGCUACCCACGUGAACACUCAAGAUGAAGACAAGUACACACCACUCCACCGAGCAGCCUACAGUGGGCACUUGGAUGUGGUCCGAGAGCUGAUUGCACACGGGGCAGAUGUCCACGCGGUGACCGUGGAUGGCUGGACACCCCUGCACAGUGCCUGUAAGUGGAAUAAUGCCAGAGUGGCUUCUUUCUUACUGCAGCAUGAUGCAGAUAUCAACGCCCAAACGAAAGGCCUCCUGACCCCCCUACACCUUGCCGCUGGGAACGGAGACAGCAAAGACACCCUGGAGCUCCUCCUAAUGAAUCGCUACAUCAAGCCAGGUCUGAAGAACAGCCUGGAGGAAACGGCAUUUGACAUCGCCAGGAGGACCGGUAUCUAUCACUACCUCUUUGAAAUUGUGGAAGGCUGCACAAAUUGUUCACCUCAGUCUUAAUAACAGUUCUAAUAAUUUUCUUAAGUUUCUAAGUCCGAGUGCCUGCUUUGUGUGAGAUAUGAAAUAUCCCCGUUGUACAAAGUUGACAUCAAAAGUCUUAAGAGAGUAUUUCAGUGGUACUCAGAAUACUAUCCCUCCAAGUGAAUUGCCUGACCUUGAUGUCAAAAUGUAUUUGAAAGUUGUUUGGAUUUAUCUUUAAUGAUUUCCAUGGCGUUUGUGAUUUUUACCAAAUCAUUUUAACUUGCCUAUAUUGAAAAACUUGUCAGAGGUUGUACAGAAAACUAAUAUUUUUGGUGCUGAUCCAAGAGAAAUGUAUUUUUACAUUUACAAUAUCCCCCAUCCUAGAGCUUUGUGGAGUAUUUAGUAUAUCAACAUAUAUUUUUAUAAGGUCAGGUAACUCAGAAUUUCAUUUAAAAAUUUUAAAUAUACUGGUGCAGUUCAGAUGUCUUUUCUGCAUCACCAUAGCCAUUUGCUUUCACUAUAAACCAUAAGAAUGAACCUAUUAGUGAUUUGAAUCUUCAUGAGUUUAAAGAAAAAUUGAGAAACCUAGAUCUUCGUUUUUUAUUAAUAGAACCAUAGAUGUUUAAUCUACGAAUGUUAUAUACUGCCUCUCCUUCCACAAUCCACACAAUCCUGUGGACCCUCCUACCUCACCCUGGUCAGCCUACAUAAUCCUCAUUCUCCUGGUGAGUCAGCAUGACGCUUAAGACAUGUGCACAACUAUACCUUGGUCCAGGUAGUUGUAGCCUAUUUGCCAUCCAGCUAGUUUUACCUGUCCGGUCCUGCUCACCUCAUCUCCCAGGGUCACAGGAAGGGUUCUUUUCCAGGAUCCUCAUUUUAUAGAAGCCACACAAAGUCAAAGUGACAAGGGAAAAGAAAUUCUAAGAUGAUUUUACUGGGGCAAGAACCACAAAGUGGCUCAGGCGUUUUUUUAAAAGCCACAUUGUAGAUAACAACAAGAGCAUAAGUAUAAAUAUUCUAAAAAAAAAUAAUAAUAAAGGUUUUAAACUACCAAGAAAGAGCAUGAAUAAUUCUUGUACCUGUGUGUAUCUUCCUUGGAUUCAUAACGUGUUUGUCUACCCAGCAUACAUUUGUUUAGCUUUGUGUCUCUCCAGCAGCAGCUUCGUGUUCCUGUGCCCUUCUGUGACUAAAACAAAGAGUUCUCUCUCAACUUCUCAGCACCAGAACUAACACACUGGGGAAAGGGAGCUGAACUAAUGGGCCUUUGCUUUGGUUAUAUGUAUGUAUAUCUGUGUGUAUGUGUGUAUAUAAACAUAUAUGGAGAGAGAGUUUUUAUUUUAUUUUUUUCUCUUUGGCUGUGCUGCGGGGCUUGCAGGAUCUUAGUUCCCCAACCAGGGAUUGAUCCUGCAUCCUUGGCAGUGAAAGCUCAGAGUCCUAACCACUUAGACCACCAGAGAAUUCCCUCUAUGGUUAUACUUUUUAAAUGUCCACCAAGGUAUUUGACUCUUUUGACCCAGCCCAUGUGACCCAGUUACCUUAAACUAAAUAACAACGUUAUUUAAUCAAAUAUAUGUGGCAGUUUUUAGGUUAAAACAAGAUUGGAUCAUCUCAGAAAAGUUAAAGAUGACAUAUAAACUGAAUCAUUGUGACAGUGUUUUUAAGACUUAGGAGAGCUUUGGUUAUUUUAUGAUCUCUGGCUAGAAGAUAACUAUUUCAGAGUAUCAAUACCUUUGAUAUAACAGUUUUGGCAGAAAGUGAAAGGUUGAUUUCUGUUUAAUCUGACCUAAUGUAGUGAUACCAAAUGACAAGGUAUAGCUGAUAGAAAUGACAGUACCAGCUACCCCGUUAGACUGCUAAACGAGGCUACCUGAGUCACAGAGCCUAUGGCUCAUUUCUUACGUGGGAAUGAGUUGCAUUCGUGUUUUAUAUAUAUAAGCUUUCCCUAUGAGUAUGACUCCAAAGGAGCUGCUUUAUUUCUAAGAAAAUGAGAUGCGACUUCUCCCUUUUUUUCAGUCCUCAAUCACUCAACCAGUCCUAGGGAGAAAACUUCUACAUAUUAGAGAAAUCCCUUCCAACCCUGAGGAUGGAACUUGUAUUAUUUGCUUCCUUUAUACCUUCCUUGGUGGUUUUUUAAUUUUAUUUUUAUUAUUUUUCUUUUUUAAGUAUACUUGACAUAAAAUAUUAUGUAUUUUGGGUAUAUAACAAAGUGAUUUUUUUUUUUUUCUUUUUGGCAGUGCUUCAUGGCCUGCAGGCCUUGGUUCCCCAGUCAGGGAUCCAGCCCACACUGCUCACAUUGGAAGUGCACAGUCUUAUUAACCAGUGGACUGCCAGGAAGUCCCAACAAAGUGAUUCGAUACUCUCCUUAGUAUUUUCUGACUCCUCAGUCCACAGAUGAUGUGCGCUAAUCAUGCUUUUCACUCCCCAGUGGACCCUUGAACACACAUUUGUAUCGUGCAGGUCCAUUUAUAAGCAGUACUACACAACCGGUGCUGGAGAAGGAAAUGGCAACCCACUCCAGUAUUCUUACCUGGAAAAUUCCAUGGACAGAGGAGCCUGGUGGACUACAGUGCAUGGGUUGGCAAAGAGUUGGGCACAAUUGAGCACGCAUGCCUACAUGCACACAACCUGUGCAGUGGUUAAAUCUGUGGAUGCAGAACCACAGAUACAGUUACAGUGAGAAAGUUCAAUUUUCAGUUAUGCAGAGGGUCAGCACCCCAAUCCUUGUGUUUAAGGGUCAACUCCUUAUUACCUGUGUUUACCAGUUGCCUUUAAGAAGACUAAAUAAAUCCAUUUGCAAACAAAAUUUUCGUUAGUCUUACAGAAUUUAUCUCAAGAACUUUUUAAAAAAUAAAAUCUGUUUUGCAUAUAACAAGGCUUACCUGUAACUAUGUGCUUGAGGAAGAGGUGACUUUGUCAUUGUUCAAGGGACAGUGACCCACAAUGAAAUUAGUUAACUUUGCUUUUAUAAAUCUUAAAUGUGCUUCUCCAGGGCCCAAACAUUUGUUCUGGCUCACAACUUAAAACAGUGAAAGGAUUUAGCAUUUUUAUACUAUGGACGUGAAAGCAUCCAUUUGUUUCUAUUCAUUGGCAUCUAUUAUUGCAUUUACCCCUAUGCUAGAAGAUCAUGAUCAAAAGAGGCCCAGAGGAGGGGCAAAAAAAAAAAAAGAGGCUCAGAGAAGUAAAACUUGGUCUAAUACUUAGGUCCCAUACCAAAAUGAAAUUGCAUCAGUUCUCCAUUCCUGAUGAAAACAUGUGCCAUCUUCACCCUACCCGAAAUGACUCAAGGAAUCUACAGCACUGCUUUGACUCAGGGAGGUACCAAACAUGAUCACAAAAUCAUUGAUAAUGGCUUACUUCAUUAGUUACCGUGGGAUGCUCUAGUCCCUCUGUAGGUUCAUAGGAUGACCAUUCAACUUGUGUAAGACAGAGUGCUUUCUCUAGAGGGAAUUAAAGAUCCAUGUUUAUUAAGUUCAGAAGACAGUAAACAGAAGGAUUGAGUGUAGCAUUUUGAUGUUUUAAAUUCCUAAAAAUUUCCCUUUGGAAUCCUACAAUUUCACUUCUGGGAACCUAAGUGGAAAUGAUCAAAAUCAGCGCUACUGUAUAGAAACAUAAUGUGAGCCACAUAGGUAAUUUUAAGUUUUUUUUUCUAGUGGCUGCAUUAAAACACAAAUGGGUGAAAUUAAUUUUAACAACCCACAUCAUCUAACCUGAUACAUCCAAAGCAUUCAUUCAAGUAUGAUACAAAUAUUUUAAAAUUAUUGAGACAUUUUGCUUUUUUAUAGUACAUCUUCAAAAUGCAUUGUGUAUUUUAUGUUGUUGUUCAGUCAGUAAGUCAUGUCUGAAUUUUUGUGACCCCAUGGACUGCAGCAUUCCAGGCUCCUCUGUCCUCCACUAUCUCCCUGAGUUUGCCUAAAUUUGUGUCUACUGAGUCACAGAGGCUAUCUAAUCAUCUCAUCCUCUGCCCAAGAAAAUAUCUGUCAUUGCUUCUAGUGUAUUUUAUGGCACAUCUUAAUUCAGAUGAGCCCCAUUUGACUAGUGGCUACUUUGUUCAGCACAGGUCAAGAUGCCUGAAACUUUCCCUGGAGGCAAAGCAGAAGGCUAAGAGGAGGAGCAGGAAAUUUUGAGUCAGGUAAAUCUGUGUCCAAAUCAUGAUUGCCUUUUGGCAAAUGAGCUGUUUUCUCACAUGUAAUAUGCAGAUAGUAUCUAUCUUGUUAGAGUUUUGUGAGGAAUAAAUGAGAUGUAAUAUAGAUAAGGUAUUUCCUCUCCCCAACAUUUCAAGCAGGACUGCCCUUUUUAUUUUAGGUAUUUGGAUCCUUGAAGAUCCCAAAGUUCUCCCUUGGUAAUCCUAUAGUUCUUUCUCAUGACUUUAGUAGGAUAUUCAACAAAGAGCUUCUUAAACAGCUAAGUCAAUUUUCGGUUAUGCAGAGGGUCAGCACCCCAGUCCUUGUGUUUAAGGGUCAACUCCGUAUUACCUAGCUAAUUACAGCUAAUUACAAGGACUUGAAGGAAAUGAGAUUCUAAGAGAGAAUCCGUUUCCAUUGUGGACCCAGAGCCUUGAAACUCAGAAUACUUUACUGCUCAUUCUAUAUAUGGAACUUUUUGGUACUUACCAAAUGAGCGGUUUUAAAUUCAUGCCAUUUUCCCUUUUCAUGAUGGGUCUUAUUAGUGCUGAGCAAAUGGAAUAAAAGCACUCAUAUUUGGUUUAUCACUUUAAUUAUUCAGUCAACCCUCAGGAACAUCUAAUAGUCCUCACCAUGAAUUGAAUGACAUAGCCCCAUCUGCCAGUGGAUCUCAGAAAAGCAGAAAUUUGUAGGCCUGAAAAUGUGUUUAAUGAAAGAAAUGGCUUAUGAAAUCUAAGAGCAAACUAGUACCUAAUUUGUUUUCUUGCUUCCGUUUCUGUUAUAACAUGUUCAGCAUUUUGUCUCUGCUAGACAGUGCUUGGAAGUUAGGAGAACAUCACUGGAGAAUUAAUGUGCGUUCAUAAGCACUGACUCCUGAGUGGUCAUUGGAAUUCCUUUUUCAGACACAGCUGUCUUAAACAAGGCAAUUUUUAGCAAUAAAAAGCAAAUGAGAAUGUGAGCCUGCCUUUAUUAGAAAACCAGGUGUCUCUCAGGUUUUUCUAAACCCAAAUAUAAUAACUCAUGAAGCAGAUGUAACCUGAUUGAAGGGACCAAAUCUAGGAGCAAGAAAUAGUCCUUCAUGACACAUACUAGAAAAAGCACUAGAGUUCAGAUUUGCUUCUCUGUUCUUUGCAUAUUUCUUAUUUGAAGAUAUGCAUGACUUUCAAAAAGAAUCAAAAGGAAGAAAAGGGUAUUAAGAUGGAUCCUUUCAUCCAUGCUUUUGAUUUUAGUCUGCAGCUUGAACAAUGAGGUUUUGGAGUCCAUACAGAAAAGUAAUCGUGUGUCAUGGUUCUUCACUCUAUUGACAUUGGGGCCAAAUAAUUCUGUGUAUUCAAAUUCUGUGUAUUCAAAUAUGCUGGAGCAACCUGUGUAUUAGUUGAUGUUUAUCAGCAUUCCUGGCCUCUACUCGCUAGAUGUCCCUUCCACCCCACCACCCAGUUGUGUCCACCAAAACUGUCUCCAGACAUUGCCAAGUGUUUCCUGCUGUAUGUCAUCAGAAGUCCUUAAGACAGGAGAUUUCAGAAUUUGGCUAGCCACAGAGUUGUUUUAUUAUCAUUCAAGUAAAUUUUAUUUAAAGUCAUGUUUUUCUUAGAUUUUGCUAGGCAUUCCAAAUAUUUAUCAAUGGACACUCAAAAAUUAUAUAAUCAUUGAUUCUGCUUAAAAUGUUGAGAUCAUUCAAACAUAUUCAAAAAGUGGGCUAAAAUAUACAGUUAGAAAAAGAACUCUUCAAUACUGAGUUUCAUACGUCAGAAAAACACUCCUGUUCACAGGUUUAGUCUCUAGGAAACUUUUUUUUUCUACCCUUUACUUUCUUUUUCUUUUUCAUCCUUUACUUUUUUUUCUUUCUUUGGGGAGGGCCUCACUGCCCAGCUUGUGGGAUCUCAGUUCCCUGACCAAGGAUCAAACCCCAUAGCCCCAGCAGUGGAAGGAAGCACAGGCUUAACCACUGGAUCACCAGGGAAGUCUCUUGCCUCUAGGAAAUUUAUCCGUUAAGUCAGAUGAGAAAUUCUAGAGAAUUUAGAAAAAGUCUAACUUCUGGUAUCAAGGGAAAUAGGAAACAAAUCCUGAUUUUUAAUAGUUGUAUGAUUACAAAGGUAAAAUUUUUAUUGCACUACUGGAUAAAAAGCAAUGAAAUUGAUGCACAGUCUUUUGUUUAGAAAAGAUCUUAGAAGAAAUGGGGUAAGAGAAGCCAACCACUUCUGUAGAAAAGAAGGAAAUGGAGAAAGAGUUGGCAUCUUCCAAGUGUCAACAACUGCAGAAAUAGAAGAUAAUCUCAUAAUGUCAUUGCCAUUCUAGAACCCUUAAUUAUUAAAAAGAAAAUAACAUGGUGUAAUUUAUUUUGGCAAUUGUUGGAGACCUUUCAGCAAAGGUCAUUGAGAGCAUGUGGGCCAACCCAGGCAGUGGAGGCUUCUCACCGUCUCCCCUGUCCUUGGAAUGUAUGUUCUUCCUACUGUUUCCACUGUGGGAACCCUUCCAAGGAUGUGACCUUGGGAGAGCAAUGUGUUAUUGGGACUUCCUUGAACUCAAUACAUGACUGAACCCAGUUAAGGCCUCUAUACAAAUUUUUAAGCUUCUGGAGGGCAGAAGGGGAGUUCAGCUCAUCCUGCAGUCACCCUGGACAAGCUUCCUAUAUAAGCCCCCCUUUACUUAUUAAACUUGCCACUUGGAGUGGUCUGCUGCUUUCUUCGGUCUCUCCUAAUCCUGCCUGUAUGGGGGCCAAUCUCAGAUUUCACCCGGGAAACUCGAGGUUGCAAACCAACAGAGAUGACUUUUGCUUUAAAAAUGAAUCCCAAGAUAAAAUGUAUUAAAGUCAUAAUGUGUAAAAAAAAAAAAAAAAUUUACAUCUGUUUAUCAGCCUUCCCUAAUCAUUUUUAAUGUAAUGCACAAGUAGAAUAAUCUCAAAUGGUCUUCUUUAUGAAAGUUUUUAUAUAUCCAGUUGUGCUACACUGAGCCACUGUGAUAAUAACAGCUUUGGGUGCAGACUGUGCUGUAGGUACUCACAUACAUUACUUUAUGUGAGCCUCACAAAAACUCUGAGAUAGGAUGCCAUUGUAUGUACAGGGAAGUGGGCUUAUGGAGGUUAAGUAAAUUGUCAUACAAUUAGUGAGAGAUGAAGAUAAGUUUCAAGCAUGUCUUUGUGGUUCUACCACCUUUGAUCUUUGUAAAGUUGAUUAAAGAAGAUAUCCUUUGGUGCA